AACAGAGGAAACUGACCAACAGAAAAUACUUUCCACAGUAUCGUUUCCUCCCAUUUUAACUGACUGUAAAAAUGCUCAACUUUAACAGCCUGUUCAGGAGUGCGCUGGUCGCCAUGGUUUUGGUGGUCGCUUCUGGAGAUCCAGGUGAGAAAUUAGCGACUUGCUGUACAAAAGUCACUAACACGGAGAUCAAAGAGCCAAUCUUGGAUUUCUUGAUCCAAAAAGCCAACGGUCAAUGCGUCAACGCUGUCAUAUUUCAGACAGAAACUGGUCUUUACUGCAGUCAUAUAAGAGCUCCCUGGGUUAAGCGGAAGAUUCAAAAGUUCAGGGGAACAAAGGGUCAGCAAAACAUUUUAUCUCCACCAACAGUCUCCCUCCUCUCCAUCAUAACAUCCACCACUUCACCACCUUCGUCCUCAACCCUGCCUCGUUCCUUUUCAUCUCCCUUUCUUACCUCUGUCUCCGCUAUGACAUCUGGGGACAUGCCUUCUGGAGAAAUGCCUUCUGGAGAAAUGCCAUCUGGAGACGUGUCAUCUGGGGACGUGCCAUCUGGGGACGUGUCAUCUGGGGACAUGUCAUCUGGGGACAUGUCUUCUGGAAGCGUUGAAGAUAAGACCAUCUACAGAAUGGUCAACUUGUUGAAGAGUGUGCUGCUCGCUGUAACCUUGAUGGUCGCUUCUGGAAUUCCAGAUAAGCUGUUUACUUGCUGUAAGAAAGUCAGCACAAGUGAGAUAAAGGAACCAAUAUUAACAUAUCGGAUCCAGCAGGCAGAUCCUCCAUGUGUUACUGCUGUAAUAUUUAUUACAGAAAAGGACCAUUACUGCAUUUAUAUAAAGGCUCCAUGGGUGAAACGGAAGGUUGCAGAGUUAAGUAAUAGAGCAAGAGCUUGGUUAUCUACUCCUAAGGUGGUCAGCUCAACCCCUCUGUCACCAUCAUCUUCAUUGCCAUCGUCAUCAUCACCAUCCUCCUUGCUCCUCUCCAUCAUUACAUCCACCACUUCCCCUCCC